AUUUUUUCCUAAUUAACAUUUCAGUAAAAUUGUCAAGGUAGUAUUUAGAAAAUAUAGUUUUGCUGGAUUGAGAAACAUGAAAAUGUACAUUCUGAUGUCCUUGGUGGCACUGUUUUCAAUAACAGCCACUCUAGCAGACAAUGAGACACUUAUGACCGCUGUGGUCACAGUCUUGUAUUACAGUGACGAAAACGGGGACAAAAUAGUGGUAGCUGGUAAUAUAGAUAAGGAAAUCGAACGUAUAAUACACCAUUUCAUCAAUGAUAACAUUGGAAAGGAUCUGCGAGUGGAAAUCGUACCUAUCUACGAAAAAGUAUCUGAAGUCCCACCUGUUGACAUACUUCACAAGGUAAUAGAAGAAAAGUAUAAACACGUCUAUAUGGCAUAUGCACCAUUAAGUGUCAUCAGAAGGGUAACAACAGAAAAGGCACUACAAUUCAAACCAAAAUUCUUGGCUGACCUUAAGCACCAUAAAGUCAUCAGUUUUGCUAGGGGUAUAAGAAACCUGAUUGAAGAAGCAAUCGAAGCGGACGGUAAUACGGAUAUUGGUGCGAUGGAUGACCGUUUGCACAUGAAAUCAUAUUCUUCAUUGGUUCUAGAUUCUUCUAUUCCAAACGCUAUAUACUUCUCAAUCGGUCGUAAAUAAAUUGUUUUUCAAUAAACACU